UACAAUACAUCGCCGAGAGGACCACUUGAUCAAGCAUGGCUCUCCCAAAGCGUAUCAUCAAGGAGACUGAGCGUCUGAUGGCCGAGCCUGUGCCUGGUAUCGAAGCCAUUCCCCACGAGGACAAUCUGCGCUACUUUGAUGUCAAGAUCCACGGUCCCUCGCAAUCUCCCUACGAAGGUGGCAUCUUCAAGCUCGAGCUCUUCCUGCCCGACGACUACCCCAUGACACCACCCAAGAUCCGCUUCCUCACCAAGAUCUACCACCCCAACAUCGAUCGCCUCGGUAGAAUCUGCCUGGACGUCCUCAAGAGCAACUGGUCGCCUGCCCUCCAAAUCCGUACCAUCCUGCUGUCAAUUCAAGCUCUGCUUGGUGCACCCAACCCAGACGACCCGCUCGCCAACGAUGUCGCUCAAAGAUGGAAGGAAGACCAGAACGCCGCUAUCCAGACUGCCAGAGAGUGGACUCAGCAAUACGCCAAGGCAUGAUCAUAGACCAAUCGGUUUGGCUUCAGUUUCUGUUUUCCUAGAUAAAGAGCGUUGCAUGGGUCUCAGCCAACAUCAUUUGGCCUUUAUGAGCAUGGGAGGCGCUGGCCAGGCAUUUUUCCUUCUACAUCAAAUACACUCUGUUUUCCUUCAAAGAA